AAAAGGAAGUUGAAGCAUCGAAAUGUGAAGGAGGACCAGCGCGAACAGCUUUAAACCGGUUUAAACACCCGACAACAAAAGCCGGUGUGAGCUGCAGCGGAUCAGAGCACCAACACUGGUGAUGAUGAAGAGAUCACCAGUAUGUGCGUUCACAUCAGCACACCCACAAUCAUUCAUUUAGAUCACUGAUCGUCUUAUAUAUUCACAAAUAUGAUAUGACAUUUACGGUCAAAGCAUCCGUAAAGAGCCGCAUCAACAUCCGGAACAGAAUUUAAAACGGCAAACACCAGUAUCCGCUCGGAGAGGAUACAGUUGCAGAAAUGAGUUCUCAGAAAGCUCCAGAUGGUGGAUGGGGUUGGGCCAUUGUGGUUGCCUCUUUCAUGGGUCAGCUCCUGGCCUACGGCUCACCCCAGUCUGUCGGGGUGCUUUACCCGGAAUGGUUAAACACCUUUCAAGACAGCAAGGGCAUGACGGCGUGGGUUGGAUCUCUGGUGUCUGGUGUCGGACUCAUCGCUAGUCCCAUCUGCAGUGCCUGUGUUGUGAAUUUUGGGGCCAGACCUGUGACCAUCUUCAGUGGGGUCAUGGUCUCUGGAGGGCUUAUGCUUAGUGCAUUUGCACCCAACGUUCAGUUUCUUAUAUUCUCUUAUGGAAUAGUGGUUGGACUUGGCUGUGGACUUGUUUAUGCUGCUACUGUAACCAUCACAUGCCAGUAUUUCGACAAUAGACGUGGUCUUGCUCUCGGCAUUGUUACAACAGGUACGAGUAUUGGAGGUUUCCUAUAUGCCACUCUGCAGAAUGAGUUCAUUGUGCUCUUUGGUCUCGACGGCUGCCUUUUGCUAAUUGGUGGUUUUGCACUAAACAUCAUCGCCUGUGCUGGAUUCAUGAGGCCACUGCACCUGCCAGCCUACUACCUCAAACAGAGAAAAGCACUGAGCGAGAAGGCCGAAGACCCUGUGGCGGAGGAUCCGGUCGAGAUAAACCGUUCGGUCACAAAAGUGCUCAUCACAGGGGAGACUAAAAACACAGCAAGCCGCCUGAGGUACGCGGCGCUGGUGCAGAUAAUAAAGAGCAAACAAAAGAUGUACUGUGAAUACUUGCACUCGGCUGGAGAGCUGCUUCAGAAUCGGGUUUUCCUGGCCAUGUGCGUGUCUUUAUUCAUGAGUUGCCUCGGAUUGUAUCCCCCUCUCCUCUUCCUGGAGGAUUUAGCUCAGGGCGAGGGUCUGAUUGAGGGCAUCAGCACCAUCCCUCUGGUCUCCAUCAUUUCCAUCUCUGCUGGGGUGGGAAAGCUGCUGUUGGGCAUCGUCAUGGACAUUCGGUGGAUGAACAGCAUCUUCCUCUACGCCUUCACUUUGCUGGGCACCGGUCUGGCACUCCUCGUAAUUCCUUUCACCAAAAACUAUGCCGGGCUGCAGGUUAUCUCUGCCGUGCUGGGGUUUUGUUCCGGGAACUGGUCCGUCAUACCCUACAUGACCACUAAGGUUGUGGGAAUGGAUCGUCUGACUGAGGCGUACGGGAUCUUGAUGUUCUUCAGCGGAUUUAGCAUCAUGCUCGGACCACCCAUUGCAGGCUGGAUUUAUGACUGGAUGCACUCGUACAACCUGGCGUUCUUCUGCAGUGGUGGUUUGGUGUUGUUGGGAGGAGCUGCUCUUUUCAUUUCUGCUUUGUCUUGCUGGAACAAGAACCAGGAUGAAGCCAACACAUCCGAGAUCGAAAACAACACAGAGUGCGAUACGGUGGCCACUGUGGCCUGAGUUUUUAACACGAGAUCAGCGCUUGUUUAUGCACUCUUGCAACUCUUUUUCAUUUUUGUGAGAAUGUUAUGCUAAAAACUCCAGGAAAUCAAACAGGAUCGUCCUGUGUUUAUCUGGCCUUGUUUUAAGAGGCUCUGGUCUGACAUACGUAAAAGUUUUCAGUUUUACAAUUGUCUUUGUUUAUUGUAAACAUAAAACAACUUCAAAUUUAUCGUUUGUUGUAUUGUUUUAAAAUGGUCUGAGACUUGAUCCGUUUACACAUAGUCUGAAACAUUUAGGUUUUGUUGUAUGGCCACUAUUUUUAACUAUAAAUAAAUGUAAUUUUUUAUAGCUUUUAUCCUGAAAAAUAUUUUGCAGUAUUGGUACCAAAGCUCUUUUGUGUUGAUGAUGUAUUUAUUUGUCUUUUGUUUAUGUUAAAUGCUGUAACUGAUGUCAAAGACAGGUCACACACAGCCACAGCACCAUAAAGCCACUAUGUAUGUUUUGCCUUUGAAUUUUCUAUGUUGUAAUACAGACUGUAGUAGAUACUCAAUAUUUACACAUUAUGAAGCAAUAUGUUUUUGUAGAUGUGCUGACAGUCAGGUUGAUGUUUUUAUAGCCGUUUACGUAUGUCGCUUUAAUUUCUAUAUUAGUUUUGUAUACUUUUGUAAAUAACUGUUUUUAUACACUUUGCAUAAGAUUGUGUACGGUUGUAUUUGUAAUGCUUAGUGUUUGUUUUUGCUUUUUCACAUUAAAUUAACACUUGAAAUUUUAUUUUGGUUUUAGUAUUUAAGGAACAUUGAUGGUCACCAGAAAGGAAAAAGUAAAGGUAAAAAUGUUUACUUUCUGUAAAGUGUAAUAGUUAAUACGGUCAUUUUUUUCAGGACCAAAUGUGUCCAUUGAAGGAAACUUUUACAUGUAGUGGACUGUAUCCACUAUCUUUUACUGUUGUUUUAUCUUUGUUUUUCGUUAA